AUGAUUUCGUUGACAGGCUUUUCAGAUUGUGUGUAUGAUUCUAAUUGGAUGUUUGUCAAAACAAAUUUCGAUGAAAAUAAUAUUCAAAGAUCUUUAAAACAACCUAAUUCAACAAACUCUGUUAGAGCAUUAAAAAAUCUUUGCAUCGGUCUCUUGAACAAACUUGAAAAAUCAACAUAUUGCUUGAUUUAUUUGGGUGACACUGCUAAAGCUGCUUAA